AUGGAAACCAUGAUGGGAGAGGUUGAACUUAUGGAUAAGGAUCUGUCGUAUGCAUCCGUCAUUGGAAAUCUUAAUACUCAACUUCAAAGGUUGUCGACCAAUACGAUCUAUGUUGCUAAGAACAUGGAAUCUAUUGACAAUGUCUGUUACCUGGUUUAUAGAUUACUCAAGUUAGAUAAAUCAUUUGGACCUCAUAUUGUCGAUUCAGAACUUGUUCCCUUUUUAAUAAAUGCUAUUGUGGUGUCGGUUAAAACACAAGAGUUUGAAAUUACACUGAAAUUAUUAUGCCAUUUAGCUGUCUUAUUAUUUAAGUAUUGUAAGAUCCAAAGUUCCAAAGUCAGUGCCAUAUUCAGAGAACAUAAAAUCAAUAUAUUGUUCAUGUCAAGCCAUCUUUCACCAACGGUGAAGGGGAUUAAAAAGAGUAAUUUAUCAUAUAUUGAAGAAAUUCUUAAUAAUUUUGACUACUUUGAAUUUGAGAAGAUCUACACUAUCAGUUGUUUAAUCGUUGAUACGAUAUUUACACUUUCUUAUGAGUUAGAUAAAUUAUCUAUCGAAUUAGAUAUCAUGAUCACCAAUAAUAAGGUUGACAAUGAUAACUUGUUUCUGGUCUUAGUUAAGCUUUUAGAACUCAUGGAUUGUGAAUUUGAUAAAGAAAUCAUGUUGUUACUUCAUGAGUAUACUCAAGUGUUUAAACAUAUUACAACCAUUGAGAGUAAAUUCGUCCCUCAAUUAAGUGAAUCUAAUUUAAAAUUGAUCAAGAUUGUCAAAUCUACUACAUACGAAACUUUCAUCUCAAAGUAUCCAUCAUCAGAUUAUCUGUUACUUUUUGAAAUGGGUAAUGAAUCUAUGAAAGGGGACUUCCUUGAUUAUGUAAAGUCCAAUGAUGAUACGCAAAAGUUAGAGAAAUGUUUCCAAUUUGUAUUAGAAGUUUUAGAUCAAGGUAUAAACCAAGACUAUUUAAUUUGGAAUAAUGGAUCAGAUAGUCUCUUGUUCUACUUGAGAGAUAUCAGUAAAGAUCAAGAUGAUAGAUUGAAGUUUUAUACCAGUUUCAAUAAAUUGAAUUCAAAAAUCUCACUUGGUACUACAGUUCUUUAUCUUAAUUUUAUCAUAUCUCUUAGUCUUUCAAGUGUGUAUGAGAGUAUUGAUUUUCCAAAUAUCAUUUUAGAUUAUUUCAAACCUUUGAAACUUCCACCAGUUUCUAAGACCAAGUUAAUGUUAUCACCAAUUAAUAAUGGAUCUUCCAAUUCUUAUGGUACACUUCAAGUUUGUUUGAUUCAUAAUCUUAAAAUGACACUUUGGAUUCUCGAAGAUGAGAUAAAAUCACUUGCCUCUAUCAACCAGUAUACUCCUGGUACUGCAAGAUAUAGUGUCAUUUUCAAAUUAAUUGAAUUAUCAUUCCCAUCUUUGAUUUCAGCUUUGAUAUUUGCUGAAAGAGAUAAUGAAAAUGAUGUUAUGAAUCAAAUAAUUCGUAAUUUGGUUAAAAGUGUAUUUGAAAUGAUAGUCAAUAUCGAGAUUAAAGAAAUUGGUAAUUCAUUAGUUUGGGUUUCUUUAAUCAACUUUGCAAAUGAUGUCUGCUACUCAGAUCUUAGAUACGUAUCCAUGUUUUAUGAUAUGUUAGGAUACCUUGAUUCACGAAGUCUGUCUAAAAUUUAUGAUCCAUUAGUUCGCAGUGGUUUACAGUUCUUUUAUUCAACGUUCUGUCCUAAUAAUAAGUCAACAUUUGAAACAUGGAUUGAAUAUAAAUUGGGAGACAACAUUAGUGAUGAUGAACUUGACUUGGAGAUAUUUCUUCAUGAUUAUGAUUACUUAUAUCAUAAUAAUUAUGAAGAUCAGAAACAGAAUAGCAUGAUAGAUCUGUCCAACACUGAAUCUUCUGUGAUCAACUCUGAUAAUUUCACUUUGGGAGCUAAUGCCACAAAGCAGAAUUAUGCCACCAACUCAGCUAGACAACAAAGCAUCCAUGUUGAUCAAUUUGGAAAGAUUUAG